CAUUUGACGUGAGAUGUUUUUUCCCGUAUCGUGCUGAUAGAUAACUAAAUGUCGUGUGUCUGAUGGCGACCACGAGUUGUGGUGACCAUACUUAGACGGUCAGACAGUCACAACAUCCCAUAAUGCUUUCUGCCGCCAUACAGUUGCGGCGCUAUCUGGUCACUUUGUUGAUUUUAAGCGCAGUCGGCGUCACAUCAGCCAGCGACGAGGGACGGACUGUCCGGGAAGCUCGCUCAGUGGACAACCAUGUGCUCCUUCAGCCAGUGGACUGUGUUCUGUCCGAGUGGAGUCCAUGGUCGCAAUGUGACGUCUGUCAGAAAAAAAGGUAUCGCUACGCCAAGCUAGCUCAGCCAUCCCAGUUUGGAGGGGAGCCGUGUCGUUUUUAUGGUAGAGACGAGGAAGCCUGUGACGUUCCAGCACGUUACACCUGUAACAACAUUCCACUGUGUGAAGGUUUCCUCUGCAGCCAAACAGGUCGCUGUAUCCCAAGAACGCUGCAGUGUAACGGGGAGGACGACUGCGGUGACAUGUCAGACGAAGCAGGCUGCAGGACAAGUCAGAAGCCCUGCAGAUACGAGGCCGAGGAGUACUGGGGCAUCGAGAACCUCGCCAAAGGAAUCAACAUCUUGAACAGCAACCUGGAAGGAGUUGUGCUCGAUAACAGAUACUACGCUGGUAGCUGUUUGCCUCACUACAUCCAGGAUGUUGCAUUCAGGAAACCGUACAACCUGCAGCAGUACACCCUGCAGACAAAAGGCUCCUAUGAUUUCACCCUGGAGGCUUUUGAGUCGUACUCCGACUACAUGGAUCACACCAUUAAAGAGCGGAUGACCCAAACAUUUGUUUCCUAUGGCUUUGCCAUUCCGGGGAUUUUUGAAUUUGGCUACAACUCCAACAAAGGCAAAUACACCAAGUCAAUCCAAAAGAUUCGCCGUGCCUCGGGCAAGGCUUACAGCUUCAUAAGAGCCAAAGCUGAACUGGAGUUGGCCCAGUAUAUGCUUAAGUCCAACAACCUGAUGCUGCAUCCUGACUUCCUGCAGCGCCUGCGAUCAUUACCUCAGUCCUAUAUUUACGGCCAAUACAGGCAGAUCUACAGAGACUACGGUACGCACUACAUCACCGAAGCAGCCCUCGGAGGAGACUACGAGUACACUGUCAUCCUGGACAAGGAGAAGCUUGAGAAGACAGAUUAUACUCUGACAGACUACAAGUCAUGUACACAGUCGGGACUUAAAGUUGGCGCCAACAUAUAUGGCGUUUACGUGUCUGUGGGCUUUCAAGGCGGCUCCUGCGAUGGCCUCCUGAACGAGAUGGGAGAGGACACCAAGGAUGGCAGCAUGGUGGAAGACACCGUCACCGUGGUAAGGGGCGGUACUAGUCAAUCUAUCACUGCUUUGGCGUCUCAGAAGCUUCCCAGCCCGCAGCUGAUGAGGCUCUGGGGGGAGGGAGUGCGCUUCAACCCGGACUUCCUUCGUAGAACGACGCGACCUUUGUAUGAGUUGGUCACCUCCAGAGACUUCACCCUCCACAACACCUUGAAGAGAAACUUGAAACGAGCCCUGUUUGAGUACCUGGAAGAGGCCAGUUCGUGUCGAUGUGCUCCCUGUCACAACAAUGGAGUAGCUGUACUCAUAGGCAGCAGAUGUGAAUGUGUGUGUCCAGUCGGAUACAGCGGACACGGCUGCGAGGUCACAAACAGACAAAAAGACAUCGCCAUCGACGGCAGCUGGAGCUGCUGGGGUUCCUGGUCUUCCUGCAGUGGAGGAACCAAGACGAGGAGUCGCCAGUGUAACAACCCAGCGCCCGGCAGUGGAGGCCUGCCAUGCAGAGGCUUGCAGCAGGAGUCGACUGAGUGUUUUUGAAAUAGCCCACCUUGUCACAAUCCAUUAAAGAUCCUUCCGAAAAUA